GAAGCGUCGGUUCGCCGCUUCAGCUCGUUACUGGCUUCCGUUUCUUUUCACCGUCAGUCUUUGGUGUCCGCAUGCUUGGGACCGGGCAGUGUGUCACCUCCAUGCCCAACGACGUAGAAGGUGUAGAAGCGGGUAGAAUUCAAGAAUGUAGAGCCAAAAUUUAUGAGGCGGAACCAUGCCCGGUAAAUUUCCAACUCCGAGAAGCAUUUCCCCUUCCCCCAAAAAUUUAGGGCGCCAUUUCAAAUCGAACUCCAAAAUUUCACGAAUUCCCUUCCCUCUUCGUACCCUCCUCUCCAUUCUUCUCCUUCCCAAAGAGAGGAAAUCCCCGUCGACCCACCCCCUCAUCUGCCUUUCCGAUCCCAUGGCCGUGCCUCACAACGCCACCACCGAAGGCGACCCCGCCACGGAGGAUAUCAAGAACCCCGCCGAGGCCUCUCCGACCGCCGUCUCGUCUCCAUCCAAGCACAACAAAUCGCUCGGCGUUCGAGUUGCCCAUGGCCGAACCUACGACUCCGAGAAUGGCAAGUCUUGCCAUCAGUGCAGGCAGAGGACAACGGAUUUUGGGGCGCCGUGCAGGCAGAUUCGGAAGGACAAGCCCUGCCCCAUAAAGUUUUGCUACAAAUGUCUCCUCAAUAGGUAUGGGGAGAAGGCUGAAGAGGUUGCUCUGAUGCAAGACUGGAGUUGCCCCAAAUGCCGUGGCGUUUGCAACUGUAGCUGCUGCAUGAAGAAGAAGGGUCACCUGCCAACAGGAAUUCUCAUCCACACCGCCAAGGCGACUGGGUUCUCUUCGGUGCAUGAAUUACUUUAUAAGCAGAGAUCUGAUGUGUUGGCUGCUGCAAAUGGACUGAGAAGUUUGAGCGCGGCAAGCCCUGACGUCUAUAAAAAGGGGUCGGUGGCUCAUAAAAGAAGUCAUGGCAAGGAAAAUCACCUUGAUGAGCCUUCUGUUGGUGGUGAUGACAAGAAAGGUAAUUCACAUGCGAAAAAAGAAACAAAAAGAGCAUCGAAGAAACUAAAGCGUGACAGUGAGUGUGGCGGCGAGAAUGUAAUUGGGCUCUGUAGUAGCAAUGCAAAACCAAAGGAUGAUGAUACACAAAAGCAGGAUGAAAAGAAACCCUCUGUGAAGAAUGGCAAUACAGAGAUGCAGCCAAAUAAUGAUAAGCCUGUCCAUAUGAAUUGCAUUAAUGAUCAACUCAAAGGUUUGCGACAUCUGCCAAAUUCUCCUGAACAACCAAAUGAUUAUACAGAUAAUUGGCUAAAUACAGAUGCAAUAAAAGUUUCUGGCAAGAAAAAAAUUCAUAAUGUCCAAGGCAAACCUUCACGCAAAGUACACAAGAUCAAGAAACAUGGUAAUAAAUACUCAAAUAUUAUUGAGGAAAAAGUGUCAGCUGGCUUACCAAACAAAAAAGUCAAACUCAAACAACUGGUGAAAGAUCGAAAGUCCAGGAAAUAUGGUAGCAACAACCCUACUGAACGUGAGAAUUUAGCAAUUGUGAUUCCUCAGGGUGCACCAUUAAUAGAGGUUGCAGGGGUUGAUUGGGCAGCUGAGGAUGUUGGUGCAGCUUUGCAAUUUUUGGAAUUCUGCAAUGCAUUUUCAGAGGUGCUUGAUAUAAAGAAAGGAGAACCUGUAAAUGUUCUCAGAGAACUAUCAAGAGGAUGUGUUGGACGUCGAGGAGUGCACUCUUCAAUUGUUAAAUUUCACAUCAAAUUAUUGAUGUUUAUUCAGAAGGACAUGGGCAACGAGUCUGUUUCGUACUCAAGCAGUGGAGAUAAGUGGCUGCAAUCUGCUGUUAACUGCAUCAAUGAAUCUGAAUGUGCCUUAAAGGUACCUUUGGAAUGCUUGAACAAGGAUUCCUUAGCAUAUGAUAGUUGGGAUGCAUCAGAUAAGCUCAAAUUGUUGAAUCUUCUCUGUGAUAUAACACUUGGAACUGAGGAACUACGGAACUGGAUUGAUAAAGAAAACAAAAAAUAUAUUGAAAGAAACAAGGAGGCAAAAGAAACAAUUAUUGCUGCCAAGAAAAAGGGAAAGGAUCUAAAGAAAAAAUUGAAGGAUGAUGUGGCCAAAGCUAUGCUUUCCUUGAAGGAAGGAUCAUAUUCUGAUGCUGAGCAUGAGAAUCUUGUCUCACAAAUAAGAGCUGAGACAGAAAAAGCUCAUGCUGAGAUGCUAGAGAUAAUGGAACAAUUGCCAAAAGAUUCAGAUAACACAAGACAAGAUGCAGUUCGAACAGAGCCGUUAUUUUUGGAAGGAGAAGGACGCGUGUAUUGGACUCUUGGAGGGUUUUGUAGUAAUUCUAAAAUUAUACUUCAAGAUAUCAGGACUUGGGACUCGGUGAUGCUUGAGGAUAAAUGGUUUACAUAUGAUGAAGAGGAAAAGAACUCGGUUGAGAGACAUAUUUCUCCUUCACGGUUGUGAUUCUUCCCAUGCAUUAGUUUCUAAUUGCCCUUAUUGCUGUUGGCUUUCAGUCUGAUCCAUGUCUUGUUGCUUCAGAUGAUAUUCUAUAGUCCAUAAAUAUCCUUCAGAUGAUAAGUACCUACGUAGUUGGGUUUGAGUAGCUCCCUUUUGAUUGCUUGCUAUUUUUUCAGUGAAAUUGUGUUCUCAAGUGGACCAGUGAAUGGCUAACGGCAAUUCUUAAUACUUGUUUGAUGGAACUUGUGCAGCCUUGAUUUCUAUUAUGGUGGUGUCUAUAUGCGAUAACAUAUUUCUACUAAAUGGCCAAGAUUGGUCCGAUGAUGAUGUUUGCCUUAUUGCAUACAUUACAGGAGGAACUGGAGGCAAAAGAUGAGUGGCGGUCUUCUGGAACAAGACUCAGAGGAUGUACAUUUGAAGUUGAAGCUUGUAACGCAUGGUGCAGAAUGAGUUCAUGUCAAUGCGGAAUUGGAAGCUCAGUAGACGAGCAAUAUAAUGCAACAACGAUUGGAGUGUCGACUGACGGCAGUUGAAUUGCUCUUUACACAAAAGGAAUGUGUUGAAUUGCUGUUUACACAACAGUAAAGUGACGUUUUUUUUUUGUGUCAAUUUUGGCCAACUUAUUUCUUUUUUACACCCGCUAUUUUCUGUUGCAAUUGUUGCCCUGUAAGCUGAAGCUGCGUUGCUUAUCGUAGCGUAGCCAGAAAAGAAAA